GCAUUACUUCUCUUCAAAAACCAAUAGAAGGAAAGAAAUCACUUUGAAAGUUUUUUUCACACGAGUAUUCGAAUUUUGAUUAUUAGUAUUAUUAUUUCCAAAAUGAGGCCCGAUUUAGGUCAGGUGCCCGCUGCAGCCACCGCCGAGCCCUCUGCCGUGCCGCUGCUCAAGUCGAUUGCGGUGCUGCUCGUCGCCGCUUCGAUCGCCAUCGCCAUCGCGCCCUACACCACGAAGCAGCCCACUCCACACGAUAACGCAUCCAGCCCAUGAACGGCCAAGCCACCUGCGCCGUCUACCGCUCCAUCUGCUCUGCCCCCUCCUUCUCCUCCCCCUCCCACCCUCUACCACGCCGGCGCGAACGAGCAGCACGAACGCCGAGUGUGCCGCUGCCGCGCCGCCCCACAGCUACAUAAGUUCAGAUCACGCCUCACGGAAGUAUCUAGGAAAAGAAGAGCCUCCGUCUUGUGCAGCGAUGUCCACCCCAAUCGAGCAGCUGUCGAAUGCGCAGAUCAAGGAGGAGCUGCGCGCCCUCUACGCCGUCACCGACUUCGGCGACUGCAUCGAGGUGGGAGACCUGCAAAAGAAGUUGCAGACGGUGCGGGACACGGCGCCCAUCACGCACGGCCUCCGCUACGGGACGCUGCUGGAGAUGGGCAACAAGAAGAACCCGACAGGGGUGGUGACCCUCGCCCACGGCCUCGGCGACUCCGCUCAUGGCUGGGAGGACGUGGGGUAUGAGCUGGCCCGCCGCAUGCCCUACCUUCUCUUUUUGCUGCCGACCGCGCCGUCGCGCCCUGUGACGAUCAACGGCGGCAUGAAGAUGCCAGCGUGGUAUGAUAUUACGGACAUGAUCGGCGAGGGCCUGCGCUCAAGCAGGCGGGGUGCAGCGGAGAUCCAUCUCUCCGGCGACUACGUCCGCAGCGUCGUGCACGUCGCGACAAAGAAGUACGGCAUCCUACCACGGCGUGUGGUGUACGGUGGAUUCUCGCAAGGCGCGGCCGUCGCGCUGAGCACAGGGCUGACCGCACAUGUCGCCCCAGCCGGUAUCGCGUGCAUGUCUGGCUACUUGGCUGCUGCGGCGGACAUGGUGCCGCGCAUUGUGAACAAGGCGGUGCCGAUCACGAUGUUCCACGGCCGGCAGGACCCGGUGGUGCCGCUGGCGGUUGCCCACGAGUCGAAGGAGAUUUUGGAGAAGGACGCCGGCGUCGCGCAGGUUGACUUUAAGGAGUACGACAUGCAGCACUCCGCCGUACCGCAGGAAAUCGAUGACUUGGCCGCCUUCAUCAGCCGAGUGCUGCCGGAGAAGUUCUAG